AGAUCUGAUCCAUCUGAUCCCUGACACAUGAUCCAGACAGGGAGCGGUCACGAGAAUGUCACGCGCAUUGUUUUCAGACCGAGUCGUUAACCGCACCCUCCUCUAUCCUGUCCAAACGACAGUACGAGGUUUCUUGACGUCCUGGCCUAAUGCCAGUCGCCCUCGGCAAGAAACGAAAAUCGGACAGCGGUCUUCCCUCGACAUCGAAGAACCCGCCGAAGAAACCGCGCCAGACGCUCGACAGUUUCUUCGCGCCCAGAGUCCUCGCCCCCGCCAGCUCCGCGCACGCCGACGACAGGCGCCCCGUCGCCCUCAACUCCGAGCAGGCGGCGAUCCUGAGACAGGUCGUGGACGAGGGGCGGAGUGUGUUCUUCACGGGGAGCGCAGGCACGGGAAAAUCGCUCCUGCUGCGCGCUAUCAUCGCUGCUCUCAAAAAGAAGCAUGGGAAGGCCGCGGAUGCCGUUUCGGUCACGGCAAGCACAGGGAUGGCAGCGUCGAACAUCGGAGGGAUGACUAUCCACGCAUGGGGUGCCGUAUCACCCACACCGUCCGAAUUUGAGUUCCAGAUCCGAUGUAUCAAGAAAUGCCGGCCGGCACUGAAGCGGUGGCAGAAGACCAAGGUGCUCAUCAUUGACGAGGUAUCUAUGGUGGACGGGCCGCUGUUCACGCGGAUCUGCAAGAUUGCGGAACACUUGAGGAAGAACGAGAGCCCGUUCGGAGGGAUCCAGCUGGUCAUCACUGGGGACUUCUUCCAGCUUCCGCCCGUGUCAAAGAAUGGUGCACCCGUCUUCGCGUUCGAAGUCGAGGAGUGGGGCCGCUGCAUCGACCGCACACUGACUUUGAGCCAAGUUUUCCGGCAGAGGGACGAUGAAUUCGUGAACCUACUUAAUCAGCUCCGGCUCGGGAACAUCACCUCAGCCGCGGCGGCGACGUUCAAGACGCUCGAGCGCCCGCUUCCUCCGGACCCUGCAGGCAUCCUUCCGACAGAGCUCUUCCCCCUCCGCAGCGAAGUCGACAAAGCGAACUCGGCGCGUCUCGCCGCCCUCACGACCGAGAAAAUGGCAUUCACAUCGCGCGACACGGGCACGGCACCGGCCGACAAGCGGGCGAAGCUCCUCGAGAGCAUGAUGGCGCCGGCGAGCCUGGACGUCAAGGUCGGCGCGCAGGUCAUGCUGAUCAAGAACCUCGAUGAGCGGUUGGUCAACGGCUCGGUCGGGAAGGUGCUCGGGUUCUUUCGGCCCAGCGAGGUCAGUGGGAAGACCGCGGUCAAGGGAAACGGUCCCACGCGACAUGUUCAGGUGAUGGACGAUGGGAGGACGCCGAUACCUAAGCCGCCGAAAGCGGAAAAGGAGAACCUGCCCGUGGAGGACGUCAAGGGCAAGACGAAGGAAAAGCACGAGGAGCGAUAUCCGCUCGUGGAGUUCCCGGCUUUGGAUGGAUCGGACACCGAGAUCGUCCUGCUGAUCCGUGACGAGUUCCGGAUAGAAGAUGCCCAGGGCGCUGUCCUGGCGCGCCGGAUGCAGGUCCCGCUGAUUCUCGCCUGGGCGAUUUCGAUCCACAAGAGUCAGGGACAGACGAUACAUCGCGUCAAGAUUGACCUCGGCAAGGUCUUUGAGAAAGGCCAGUCGUAUGUGGCGCUUUCGCGAGCAGCGACUUUGGGAGGGCUGCAGGUGCUGCGCUUUGAUUCCAAUAAGGUCAAGGCGCAUCCCAAAGUCAUCAAGUGGAACGAAAUGCUAUCUCAUGAUGAGCAAACCGUGAUUAAAUCGGAGGACAUUUAACGAGCAUAUAUCUAUACGAUAAUCAUGUACCGUAUCUUACAUUUUUAUUUUAAGAUAUCUACAUAUGUGGUACCUAUAUGGUGUUCAAAUGUAUUGGGGACGGUUUUCUGCGUCAAUGCUGGAUCUCAGAAAGCAAGGCAUCGCGAACGACCAAAUGUGUACAAAGAUCACGUCGCGUAACGAUUCGUGACAUGAGCGUGGGUCCGCCGCGUGACCCCAUUCGUUUCGUUGGUGCACAUAUCACUCAAUCUGGCACCGAGACCGACGAUAUGGACGACAACGACAUCACCAUCCCCUUCUCCCUAGACGAGUCCAUAUCCAUAUACACUGAGGGGUUCGAUAUCAUGAAGAGAAUGAUCUUUUGGGAUGGUCCCAUCCGGGCCUAUUUGCUAGAGCACGGCUACACACUCAACACUAUUGAAAACCUCGACACGAUCCACGAAUGGGACCCGGAGGAUAGAGUUUGCUUCAUGUAUCCCGCUUUCGAAAGCGCUCCGGGCUUUCCUGCAGACCAACGGUUUGCCUUUAUUGAAGGCACCGACUCGGAGUACGAGCGCGUCGGUCAAUCGGAGAAAAGGCCGUAUCUGGCGCAGUCGGCUGGCAAAGUGUUUUUCGGCCAGGAAACCGCUUGCCACGAGCAUCAUGUUGCGUUCAAGCUCGUGCGCAACGGAAGUCCGGAGCAUAGGGCCCUGAAGCUUCUCAGCGCGCACAAAGAGAUCCGGGGCCUGGUGCCCGUCUUGGAAAUGCUUCCGUUUCGGGGGCACUGGCUUGCGGUGAUGCCCCGUUGGGAUGAAGGGGUUGUCACGCAGUGUCUUUGGCCGAGGAACAUCCGGCAGACUUUGGACCUCUUUGAGGACCUUCUUUCAGGCCUGGCCUUCCUUCACGAACAUCGCAUCGUUCACCGAGACAUCCGGGGGUUCUCCAAUGUCCUUGUCAACCAUCUCGCGGUUGAUCAUUAUCAUGCUGACAUCCCUACUCGCUGUGCUUUGCUCGCCAACAACCAGAUUAAAACGGGGAUUUUUGACUACAACCUAUCUGUGAUCUUUCCAGCCGAUGUUUCCCUUUCCAGAGCGCGGUCUCCCUGGUCCAAAUACUACGGCAUGCCCGCGCCACCGGUCGAUAUCUGCCUCGGAGAAUAUCAGUUCAAUCCCUUCGCUUCGGACGUGGCUUCCCUUGGCGCCGACCUCAGGGCUUUAUUCCAUCACUUCACACCUGUGGCCCCUCUUCUCGCCCCUCUGAUCGACGGCAUGGUCCACUGGGACCCUACCUCUCGUCUCACAGCCUCGGACGCGCUCGAGCUGCUGCGCUCGAUGCGGCAAGAGUACGACUCCGAGGUGCGCAAUCUUCCUGCUCCUGCGCGUGAAAAUUCUCCCAGACAGCUGGGAAUGAAUCUCUGGGAUAACCUGCCACCUCCGUUUGUCGAACGUUGGAAACAUUUCCGAACGCCGUCAGAGCCAUUGGGCGUCGGCUCAUGGCUCGUUUGUGCUCUCGAUGGUAUGUCGCAAAAAUGGUUCGCUGCGUUCGCCGUGCUGUCGACUACCUCUUUUCUCCCAACUAUUACUAUCGAAUUGAAUACUGAAUCGGCUAUUCCUACUUUGACGAGCAGCAACUUUGGGAGGGCUGCAGGUCCUACCAAGACACAUCCCAAAAUCUCGGACAUUCUGCUGGAAGUAUUUCCAUACGGCGAUAUUGUGGGUGCCAGAGUCCGCCUCUCGGGGUUGUGGGAUGCGCAGACGUGAUGAUCAGUGAUCUUGGAAGGCUAAUGAAGACUUGGACACUGUCACUGAGCUCUAGCAAUGUUCACAGAUGAUUCUAGCGUGGAACGAAAUCAGGCGGCAAAUGCGAUGAGAAGUCGCCGUGGUCGUAUGGACGCCCGAGACCGUGAUCGCGCUCAAGAGAGAUACGCUCCCCCACUUUUCAAUCGCACUCCCUCCGCAUUGAACGAAGUUCGAUAGCGCCAGACGCACUUCUACAAAAUCGCGCUACAAGAGGCAAGUAGGCGGCAAGCUACCCGUUCAUCCCUGCAAGCCAGAGGGGCUCAUGUCACUUGUGCUGAGACGACUUCCGAGAGGUAGCAUCGCUCAGGACAAGCACGGUGCAUGACAAGACUGGGAG